AUGGAAGUGGCUGCCUUGCUUCCUAAUAUUGUUUCUGAUGAGUGUAAUUCACACCUCCUAGCUCCAGUCUCGAAUAAUGAAAUCAAAUCUUCAGUUUUUGAUCUUGGCGGAAUGAAAGCUCCUGUUCCUGAUGGAUUUCCUGGUAUCUUCUAUCAACAACAUUGGGCUAUUGUAGGUGAUGUUGCAUGUAAUGCUGUUAGAAUGCUCAAAACUAAGGAAAAUGGCAGCUUUAAAGGCUUGAAGUUGAGCAGACCUACUCCGGCCAUCAAUAAUGUUCUUUUUGUUGAUGACACCUUGCUUUUUGGAAGAGCAACAAUGAAGGAAGCCUUGACUAUUAUGGAGAUUAUCAAAAAAUACUCAGCAGCCACAGAUAAGAGAAGUAAAUAUAAGUACCUUGGUCUGCCAUCUUUUUGGGGUAGAUCAAAAUCCAAAGCUCUUCAAUUUAUUCAAGAUAGAAUAGCAUCCAAGACUCAAUCAUGGAAACAAAAGCUCUUAUCUCAAGCUGGUCAGGAAACUCUUAUUAAAUCUGUCUUGUAUGCAAUUCCCUCUUGUGCAAUGACUAUUCUCAAAUUCCCAAAAGGUGUUUGCAAUCAAAUUAGUAGCCUUAUGUCAAAUUUCUGGUGGGACAUAAAGGAGAAGGAAAAGAAGUUGCAUUGGAUUAGUUGGAGGAAAGCUUCUCAACCAAAAACAAAAGGGGGUCUUGGCUUUAGGGACAUUAAUCUCUUCAAUGAAGUUUGCUUGGCUAAGCAGUGUUGGCUCCUCUUGAAUUCCCCUAAUAGUCUUUGGGCAAGGAUCUUAAAAGGUCGUUAUUUCCCUCAUUUUAAUUUUUGGGAAGCCUCUCCCACCCGCAAAGGCUCUUGGAUAUGGAAUAGUCUUCUUACUAGUAGGGACAUUCUUAAAGAAGGAACUCGUUUUAAUAUUAGUGAUGGAACCAAAACCUUAAUUUGGUUUGAUCCUUGGGUCCCUACACUCCAAGAUUUUCGAGUGGUUAGGCCCAAUCAUCGUCCUUCUCAUAUAAAUUUAGUGCUGAUCUCAUAG